AAGAAACUCAAAUAGCUGAGAGUGUUUUAAAAAUUUGUACUGCCAAUCAUUGUAAUAUACAUAACUGGGCAUGCUUAAAUGUGGAUAAAAGUAAGGAGUACCAUAUUGAAAUUACUUUUAUAAUGUUAUCUACUUGGGCGUCAGAAAUAGUAGGGUUGGCUACACCCACAGAACCACCAACACAUCCAUUAUUCGCAUAUAAUCAUUUGUCUAAAAAGAGACCAAGUUUACAACUUUCUAAUUCGGAUAGAUUAUUAUCUCAAUCUUCAAGUUCUUGCCUAUUUCCAAAUUCAUAUAUUCCAACACCAUUUUAUAAUCUGUUGCAAAUAGUUUCAACUUUCACUUCUUCCUAUUCAGAUUUAGAGCCAACACCAUAUACCGCAAGAUUAUCUAUACCUACUAUUG